AUGAUUGUCCGACCGAACGUAGGCUCGCAGUUCAAUGCUCGACGUUCACAGUCGACUCCACCACGCCGCCGCUCGAAUAGCGCAGGUGCGACUACCGCCUCUGAGGCCGCUUCCGCCCUACCACCCGCAGCGCACCUACUCGUCCAGGCUCUACACUCAUCGUCAAAGCACGUACCCGACGCACUGCUCAGGGCAUCGUCGGGCAAGCGCAAACUUUUUCGCCUAAAGCGUCCCUCCAGCUCCCAUUCGGAAAAACGGCCGUUGCUGGACGACCAUGCUGCCCUGUCUCCCACCUUCCCCUCGCCCCCUCCGCGGCCGCCGCGAAACCCGGCGCGCGUGAACUCACGGCCAUCUACGUCUUCGGGUCCGAUGGAGAAAGCCCCCGGGCUCGGGGGCUCUCCCGCGGCUCAAUCCUUUACCAGCGUGGGGGCGCAUGCGGCGGCGAGAGAGUCGGCAGACUGGGAGUUCCCGCUUCCUCGCGGCUCUGAGUUCCCGCUGCAAAGGAAGAAGAGCAAAACCAGCAAGUGCGACACCUCGAUUUCUAUGCAGAGCGAGAGCGCCAAGAACGACCUGCCGUUCUCGACCCUUGACCGCGCCAUACUGGAAGAAUUGCGGCAGAAGAUCCGGGCACGGGAGGCGCAGUUCGUAAUCCGAAGCGGGAGGAAGUACCACGCUUUCCCCGCGGAAGACGUGCCGUAUCCCCGGAGCUACGACAGACAAGUGGUAGACCUGGAUGUGUGGGACAACCUGUGGCAUUAUCAGAUGGGUGCAAGUUCUACCAUGCACGUCUUCAAGACACCGCCGGCAAGAGUCCUCGAGCUUGGUUGCGGGACAGGCACAUGGAUAUUGAACGCGGCCAGAGAGUGGAAGGACUCCUACUUCGUCGGUCUCGACGUAGUCCCGCUCCAUCCAGACCUCAUUCAAGUAGGCUCGUUUGACUUAGCGUCCCGUAUCACCUGGGUACAAGCAAACUUCCUAGACCGGCUGCCUUUCCCAAACGAGGAAUUUGACUACGUUCGCCUUGUUCGAGUCGCCCGUGGAGUACCCGAGGACAAGUGGGACGGUCUGCUCGAGGAAGUUACACGUGUGAUGAAGCCUGGUGGUGCCUUCGAGAUGUGGGAAGAAGAUCUUUACUUUCCGGGAUGCAGCGACGAGUCGGCCUCCAUCAUCGAAUCGCCGGAGCCAAUCCAUGUGCACGAAUAUCCGCCAACUCCCCCGCAUACGGAGUCGUCGCACUCCUCUGAACCGGAAGCGUUGCUUCCACCAUUGACAUACGCGCUGCCUCCCCAUCGGGACAACACUUUCAGCUAUUCGUUUGACGAUGUGACGCGGGUCAAGCAUGCCGCCCUCGACGACACCGUCCGGCCUAUACGUCCUACACCUUCCACCCCUAACGUCUCAUCCACGCCUAUGAUUUUUCGUAGCGUCGCGAAGCCCCCUGUCAACCCUCAUGACCACUCGCUCCUCCGGGCUAUCCACGACGAAAUGCACGCAGCAAGAUUCAUCAAUCUUGAACCUCUAUCUCUGCUCGCCAACCUUCUUCCACUGCACUUCCGAGAUGUUCGAGCACCACCUCCAAUAGUUGUCAGCUUCCCCCCUCCGCCGUCAUCGUCUGACACGGCAGCGACACCUUUCGGCGUCGACAGCAGUACUCCAAUAAUAGGCGAACCACAUUCAGAGGAUCACAGUCACAUCCGAAUGAUCACGGAGUCGCACUCACCCAGUAUCAUACACAACUUGACAGCUGGGUCGUCCCUCGUGGCCCUGGACACUAGUAGAUACAGCGGCUUUUCUCCUACGGCGCUUCGCCAUUCGCUCUCCCUCCCUGGACAACCCCGCUCACGCUCUGUGAGUGUUUCCGGGGACCCUACGUCAGGCGAUGUGGACGUUGCGAAACCGGCAAAGACUGACAUCUUCGAUACGAUAAAGCUGAACCCACUCCCCAACAAAACGAUCAACUUCGACCCGCGUUCAGUCAACCUUCUUCUCGCCCUGCGGGUUCAGGAAGUGCUGGCAUGUGCCGAGCCAAUGUGGGACUGGGUCGUCGAUUUCCAGGAGACUGUUUCGCGCGCGUCGGCGACAAUGUCGCCGCGACGGACAUUUGACGGCAUCACCUUCCAGGCCCCUCGACGUCGGCGUCAUCCGAAAGAGGAUGCUCUCAUGAGCCUGACGCGGCUGCAGUUUGACGAACACCUGCGCUGCUUCGAACUCGAUAUGAAGGCCCGCAUGUACGUCGCCGCAGCGACAGAAGAGCGUCUGGGAUGGGCUGCCUAUUCUCCGACGACUUCAGAAGAGCGCGAAGCUUUCGAGGGGAUGUGCGCCGCCUGGGCCCAAUACCAGCACCGCAUCUCGUCCGCGCCCAACAUCCGCACGCACGACGGUUCGUCCUCUGCGGUGCUCCCUCGCCCGAGCGACCUCGAAGGGGAUACGCCGUCCGCGGCCGCUGAUCCUCACGCGGAUUCAUCUCCUACUGGCGACGCUGACGGAUCCACACAAGGGGCGGGCGAGCCGCUCCAGCCAGGCUUAGCGACGGCGCCUUCUAGCCCUAUAGCUGGACACGCGACGGUGCCACCCCUUUCCGAGCAGGAGCCCCCGCCGAGUAGCCGCACCGGGCGCAUCUUCGUCGCGUGGAAAGCUUGAGCUUAACCUGUGGCAAAAACAGACGCAGCUGCAGCGCGACCGGGCAUCCUAGGCCCAGCCUGGCCCAUUCCCCAUGCGCCCACAAAUUUUGACCGUAUCCGGCGGCGCGGAUCGCUGCGGCGGUCCCGUUCGCCUAAUGGUGCCAUUGUUCUAUGUUGGUGGGACGGGGAGCCGGAUUCGUCCACGAGCGGACGCUUUACGUCCUUGUCCCCGCCAGGUCGGAGUGGCAGAGGCUGACAUACCCCCCUUUGCCGUCGCGAUACCCCCCUCCAUUCGCUCCCUGCUGCCACCGCACCUUCCCAGCCUCAAGCCUGCGACACACAUAGACCCCCGCUACCGCGCUCGCAUCGGCAAGGGAAUACACGGUCGCCCGUCGGCAUCAGCAGGGAUCGCACGCUAGACGACGAGCUAUCGUCCGAUCGAGUAGCAUGCCGCGGCGAUCCUCACGCGUGCGUGCUGCGUGCCACGCAACCCAAAAACCGAGCACACCUUACCCCGGGCGGACCUCAAUUAUUGCAGCGCGCACGCCACCGUCUGCCACUGCGGGGGUGGACGCGAGUACGAUUGGACGCCGCGCGCGCCGGCUCUCAGGCCCGCCGCCACUUGCCACUUUCCCCCCGCGCUGUCCCCACGGGCAGAGCCCCUCUCCUCCUGGGCGGAGAGUUCGGGCGUGCGAUCUGGAUGCGUGCGGCUUCCCGUUCGCGCUUCCAUGGACAGGCUCGGAUUCGAUUCUUCGAUGUGCGCAAGGGUCCAGAGACUCUUCCGGCUGCAUCCCUAGGCUGCUAUUGACAUUACACUUGUGCUUUCGGUGUCCCCAUGCUACGACCAUUUUACGAUAACCUAUCAGCCCGUCUCCCGCUAUUCUAUCUAACGUUAUCACCUUAUGUACCUCGCUGCAGCUCUAUCCCUCUCUGUAAUCGCACGUCCAGGUGCAUUCGCGGAGAAUCACCGGCGGACCGAACCGCAAGAGGUCUCGCCCGUUUGGGACACGCUUCUCC